AGGGUGAACGCCAGCCCCAAACAGAGACAAUGGUAGUCCUUCCUCGUAACGCAUAUUUGGGAGGGAUGGUGUAAUUUGAGGCAACAUUAGAUAAGCUGGAAGACUUCUUCAACGUAAUGAUCUCUGAACUGAGACUUAAAAACAAGAAGUUUGUUGUGCAAAGUUAGAUAAGUAAGGAGUACAAAGGUUCUAAGGCGAGAAUGGCCCAACGUUGCUCAGGGAAUAUAAGGCUAACGCAGAAUGCUGUUCACAUUGCCUGCACCGCCUUUCUCUGUACUCUUCUGCUGGAUAAUUCCCGCUCAACCUUCAGAUUUCAGCCCAACAUCACUCCUCCCCAGCCAUCUCUGAACUCAAAGCAUUUCUCCCUUCGCCACCGCCGCUGACCUGCCGGUUCCUAGUAUCUAGGAACCAGUGUUUAUCAGACUCACGGAGCUAGAGAAUAAGAGAUAUGUAGAUAGUAAGCGUUAAAGGGGACGUGCAGGCCAUCUUCGUAGGAACGUGAAACAGACUUCCAACUUCUCCAGAGAAAUGACUGGAAAGCGACACCAGCGCACAGAGCGGCCGGUCACGGGGCGGAAGUUCCUCCCCGGAGCCGUUCUAGGAAAUUGGGAGGACUCGGCUCAUCAGUGAUCCGAAGUGGCCGUCGCCCAGUACCUAGGGCCGUUCCUGGAAGCCACCUAGGCAGGCGGCGGCUUGGUGGGAGUUGGCUCAGGUUGAGAACCGGCGAAAAGGAAAGCUGGAAAAGUCCGGGAGGCGUUGGCGCGCCGAUCACCUGUUGCUGCCGCGGCGCGCGGCGCUCGCUGAUUGGCUGGAGUGCGGCCCAGGUACCGGAAGUGGCCGAUGCCUGUCGCCUGUGACGCCGAGAUAACAGCUGGCUGGUUCUGUGUGAGCGGCCCAGGGGCGCCGGAGCCCGAACGGGAGUGAGCGUGGGGCGGUAGCGGCCUGCGGCUGGUAAUGAGAUGGCAGCAGCAAGUCCAGGCAACCAUAUGUAGAAAUCUCUUCCUAUGGUUCUCUCAGGGAUGGCAGGAAACUAUUCCCAGAAGCUCCUAACAGACUCCCUCAACAUAUUGACCCAGAUGAAGUAGAGACAGGAGUCUCGCUUUUGCUCAGGCUGGUCUCAAACUCAUGAGCUCAAGCAAUCCACUCGGCCUCCCAGAGUGCCUGAAUUUGCAGGUGUCAGCCAGCAUGCCUGAUCCUGAAUGAGGCCUUCUUAACCUGCUCUCCCAAGGUGCAUUGCAAAAAAAAAAUCCAGGUCUACAGAAUUGCAGAUCCUUCCUGAGCUAUGAAGACAAAUAGAGGUCUGCCUGUCAUCUGCCAAACUGAAGACCAAGAAUGGUUAACCUCCUUUCCUUCAGGAGCACCUCCAUCUCACCUCUCUCCAGAAACAUCUAAUUUCAGAUUUAGAAAAAUAAAGAAGUGAAAUACAGGAAGAUAGAAAAUUGUGUUUUGGAAUUUGAAUUUGCAAUUUGACAACUGCAGCAUAUUUUCAUAUAAGGAUGAGACCUAAUAUGGAUUGUGAGAUGGGGUCUGAAAACAAGGAGGUGAUUCCCAAGGAAGAAAUUUCUGAAGAAUCUGAGUCACAUGAUUCAAUAUUAGAAAAACUGCCAAAAGUGUUUUACCAAAGUCAGGAGUUUAGAGCGGCAUAUGAAGAAGAUAUAUCAGAGGAACAUUCAAGAGAGUACACAGAAGAGAUUAUAGAGCAGAUGUCUCCUCAGGAGAGAGACUUUGCAUCAGGGUUGAUUAUUUUUAAGAAAUCACCUUCAAGUGAGAAAGAUCAGGAGAAUAAUGAGAGUGAGAGAGGCUGCAGUUCCAGCCCAAAUCUGGUUACACAUCAGGGAGAUACAAUAGCAGAGGGAGUUAGUAAAUUUCCUACCUCUGGCCAAAACUUCAUAGAGAAUUUAGAACUUAACAAAACACAGAGAUGUUCUGUGGGAGAAAAGCCUCAUACAUGUAAAGAAUGUGGAAAAGCCUUUAAUCAGAACUCACAUCUCAUCCAGCAUAUGAGAGUACACAGUGGAGAAAAACCUUUUGAAUGCAAAGAAUGUGGAAAGACUUUUGGAACUAAUUCAAGCCUUCGAAGGCACCUUAGAAUUCAUGCUGGAGAGAAACCCUUUGCUUGUAGUGAAUGUGGGAAGGCCUUCAUUCAGAGUUCACAUCUUAUCCACCAUCACAGAAUUCACACUGGAGAGAGACCCUAUAAGUGUGAAGAAUGUGGUAAAGCCUUCAGCCAGAAUUCAGCCCUUAUUCUCCACCAGAGAAUCCAUACUGGAGAGAAACCUUAUGAAUGUAAUGAAUGUGGGAAGACCUUUAGGGUUAGCUCACAGCUUAUUCAGCAUCAGAGAAUUCAUACUGAAGAAAGAUAUCAUGAAUGCAAUGAAUGUGGUAAAGCCUUCAAGCAUAGCUCGGGCCUUAUUAGACACCAAAAAAUUCAUACUGGAGAAAAACCAUAUCUGUGUAACGAAUGUGGGAAAGGCUUUGGUCAGAGUUCUGAGCUUAUCCGGCAUCAAAGAAUUCACACAGGGGACAAACCCUAUGAAUGUAACGAAUGUGGAAAAACUUUUGGGCAGAACUCAGAGAUUAUUCGUCAUAUUAGAAUUCAUACUGGUGAGAAGCCCUAUGUAUGUAAGGAAUGUGGGAAGGCCUUCAGGGGGAACUCUGAACUACUUAGGCAUGAGAGAAUUCACACUGGAGAAAAACCUUACGAGUGCUUUGAGUGUGGAAAGGCUUUCAGGCGGACCUCUCACCUUAUUGUCCACCAGAGAAUUCAUACUGGAGAGAAGCCCCAUCAAUGUAACGAGUGUGCAAGAACCUUUUGGGAUAAUUCUGAGCUGCUUCUCCACCAGAAAAUUCAUAUUGGAGAGAAACCUUAUGAAUGUAAUGAAUGUGAGAAAACAUUUAGCCAGCAUUCCCAGCUUAUCAUACAUCAGAGAAUUCACACUGGAGAGAAGCCUUAUGAGUGCCAGGAAUGUCAGAAGACCUUUAGUCGUAGCUGUCACCUCCUUCGACAUCAAAGCGUUCAUUGUAUGGAAUGAUUUGCAAAACAGAACAUUUUUUGUGGAAAGGCUAAAGUUCAACUUAUCCAUUUCUUCAUAACCUACACUCCAAAUUCUCAGAUGAAAUGAAUGGACAGAACGUCCUCUGUCCUUGCACUGAUUUUGAUUUAAACAGUUGGUGGGAAAGAAUGAGGCACUUUUAUGAAUUAUUCAUUGAGAAGUUUCAGUGUACUGAGUUAAAUUAUAAAAGCUGUUACAGGCCUUAA